AUGCGAUACAAUAAGCUAGGAGACUCUGAUUUGAUCGUCUCAGAAGUAUGCCUUGGUACCAUGACCUGGGGGAAGCAGAACACGGAAGAAGAGGCUAUUCAGCAGUUGAAUACGGCUUUCGACGACUUCGGGGUUAAUUUCAUUGACACAGCAGAGGGGUAUCCCAUCCCUCUGCAGCCAGAAACUUCGGGGGCAACCGACAUUAUCAUCGGCAAGUGGAUGAAGCAACGGCCUCGUGAUCAAGUCAUCCUUGCCACAAAGGUGUGCGGAAAAUCGUCUCGUCUGAAAUGGUUUCGAGACGAUGGUCAGGGAACACGAGUGACAAAGAAACAAGUGGUGGAGAGCGUUGAGAAGUCUUUGAAGCGUUUACAGACGGACUACAUCGACUUGCUUCAGAUUCACUGGCCUGAUCGCUAUGUCCCGCUCUUUGGUCCCAACAAAUAUGAUAUCACCUUAGAGACACCAGCAGUUCCCUUCGAGGAGCAACUGGAGGCGAUGAACGAGCUUAUUCAGCAGGGGAAGAUUCGUCAUUGGGGCCUUUCCAACGAAACGCCAUUUGGUGUCAUGGCUUUUGUCUCUCUUGCUCUGGAGCAGGGGAUGGCAAAACCUGUAUCUGUGCAGAACAGCUACUCGCUGUUGACCAGGGAGUUCGAAGCUGGAUUGGCAGAGGUUUGCUCUCCAUCUCAUACCAACACAGCCCUCAUCCCAUACUCUCCCUUGUCUGCUGGGGUCUUGACAGGAAAGUACGACGGGGACAACUCAAAUUGCCGUCUGAACCUCCUCAAGGGCUACAGGGCUCGUUACGAGAGCUCAUCUGCUCCUUCAGCUGUUCAGCAAUACUGCAAGAUCGCUGCGAAGUAUGGCCUUACUCCAACUCAGCUUGCCCUCUCCUUCGUCGCCUCCCGCCCCUUCGUGCCGUCCACUUUGAUUGGUUCCACUUCCCAAGAGCAGCUGCUUGAGAACCUCAACUCGUUCCAGUAUGAGUUCACCAAGGAGAUGCUGGAGGACAUCGAGCGGGUCCAUAUGGCCUGCCCUGACCCUUGGAGAACACCCCAGCCUGGAGGAGGAUAA